CUCCCUUCGGCACUGCUCACGACAACCAAAUCCUUGUCAUCCACUGUUCUCAGCGCCGGUCUCCGUUAGCAACAAGCACCUGUCUGAAACCAAGGGCACUACGACAGGUGAGGUUUGUUGGGUUUUUGUUAGAAACGUCAACAACAUGCACGUUUGAAUUUGGCAAAAUAAACCCUAAUGCAGUGGAAUCUAUAGUUAGGGUUAGGACAUUACUGUUUAAAAUUUUUGCCGACUCUAAGACGUUUCUGAUUUCUUUCGAUGGAGAUCAGAUGGAGCGUCAGUUCUUAGCGCUCCAGCAGGACACUCGUACGGUUGAUGAGUACGAGCGAGAGUUCACUAGACUUGCAGCUUUCGUACCGGACCUGGUUCGCACGGAGGCCCAAAGAGCACAACUGUUUAUUGACGGGCUUUUCCCAGCAGUCCGUCAUAACAUCGUGGGGCACGGGACUCAGACCUAUGCUCGCGCAGUUUCUAUCGCCCAGGAGGUGGACGCUAGCAUCAGGAGGGAGGCUGUUCGUGAUCGUGCCCAACAAUCUGCCCCAAUUCAGCCAUUUGCAGCUCCACCAGCCCUACCAGCUGCUCAGCCGGCAAAGGAGAAGAAGAGGAAGGGGAAGGGCGCACCGACUGACCGGAGGACCCGACAAAGACAGCAGCAGGUUCCACCGUGCCCGACCUACAGACGACUUCAUAGGGGAGAGUGCCACAUGGGUCAGGAUAUCUGCUACUAUUGCCACGAGCCUGGACACUUUGUGAGUCGCUGUCCAAAGAGACUUCAGCAGCAGCCUCAGCAGCAGCAACAGAGGGGCAGACAACAGGCCCGAGUCUACGCGGUCGAUCAGGCAGAGGCAGCACAGCAGCCAGGUACUAUGUCAGGGAUGGUUGUGCUUAAUGAUAUUCCUGUUUUCGCUUUGUUCGAUACUGGAGCAACGCAUUCAUUCAUAUCACGACGAUGUCUUGAUGCCAUCGGAGUUCACGCUGUUGCCGCUGUCGAUCCUCUCGAGGUGAGUUUAGCCUCGGGACGAAAGAUAGUGACCUCAGCUAAAGCCUCAGAUCUUAGCCUUUCCAUCGGUGGCCGAGUAUUGUCUACCGACGCGUUUGUUCUCGAGAUGAGGGACUUCGACCUUAUUCUCGGAAUGGAUUGGCUAUCCUUCUAUCAUGCAGACAUCAGGUGUCAUGACCGGGAGAUCACUCUCUAUCUUCCGGGAGACGAGUCGAUCACUUUCUUUGGCUCCAGGAAUCGUUCACUGCUUCAUGUUUUUUCAAUGGCGAAAGCCACUAAGCUACUGCGACGAGGCAACUGCCAGGGUUAUCUGGUGAGCCUUGUCAACGAUUCUCAGAAAGCACGCUCACCUCAUGAUGUUCUAAUCGUUCGUGAGUUUGUGGACGUGUUUCCAGACGAGCUUCCAGGAGGACCGCCUAACCGGCAGGUGGAGUUCUCUAUCGAUCUUAUUCCAGGGGCCGGUCAAGUGUCCAAAGCCCCGUACCGUAUGGCGACUAAGGAGUUGCAGGAGCUUAAGACUCAGAUUCAGGAGCUGUUACAACUCGGUUUCAUCCGACCGAGCGUGUUAUCUUGGGGAGCACCCGUUCGCUUUGUUAAGAAGAAGGACGGAUCCAUGCGCAUGUGUAUCGACUACCGGGAUCUUAACCGGUUGACGAUCAAGAACAAGUACCCACUGCCCAGGAUCGACGAUUUAUUUGAUCAGCAGAGGGGAGCCUGUGUGUUCUCAAAGAUUGAUUUACGAUCAGGCUACCACCAGCUGAAGAUUAAGGAGUCAGAUAUCGCUAAGACCGCUUUCAAGACUCGUUACGGCCAUUACGAGUUCGUCGUCAUGCCAUUCGGCCUCAGCAAUGCUCCAGCUGUUUUCAUGGACCUCAUGAACCGUAUUUUCCAUCCCUACCUCGAUCAGUUCGUUAUUGCCUUUAUUGACGAUAUUCUUAUCUACUCGAAGAGCCAGAAGGAGCACGAGGAGCAUCUGAGGGUGGUUCUCGAAACCCUCAGACGAGAAAAGCUGUUUGCAAAAUUCUCCAAAUGCGAGUUCUGGCUCCAGCGAGUAUCCUUUCUGGGUCAUGUGACUACUCAGGCAGGUAUCGAGGUGGAUCCUUCCAAGGUAUCAGCCGUUCAGAACUGGUCGACACCGAGGAGUCCGUCCGAGGUUCGCAGUUUUCUCGGUCUAGCUGGUUACUAUCGCAGGUUCAUCGAGGGCUUUUCUAAGAUUGCCCUCCCUCUAUCCCAACUGACGAGGAAGUCUGUGAAGUUAGAGUGGACUGAUCGUUGUGAGGUGAGCUUUCAGGAGCUCAAAAGGAGGUUAAUUUCAGCACCAGUGUUGACUAUUUCCGAUCCUUCUCGGAGUUUUACUAUCUUCAGCGAUGCUUCGAGACAGGGUUUGGGAUGUGUCCUUAUGCAGGAUGGUCAGGUCGUUGCGUAUGCUUCACGUCAGCUUAAGCCGCAUGAGCAGAACUAUCCGACGCACGACUUGGAGUUAGCCGCAGUCGUUCAUGCUCUCAAGAUUUGGCGACAUUAUCUUUACGGCGGUCAUUGUGAGAUUUUCACAAAUCACAAGAGCCUGCCGUAUAUUUUUACUCAGAAGGAGCUCAACAUGAGACAGCGCCGUUGGUUAGAGCUCGUCAAGGAUUACGACUGCUCUAUUCAGUAUCAUCCGGGAAAGGCGAACGUCGUUGCUGACGCCCUAAGCCGAAAGGUGAGGGGUGACUUGACGUACGUCAUUACUCAGCAGAGUCCUUUGAUUCAGGAGUUUGCCCGGAUGAAGCUUCAGGCGAUUGAUACACUUCCCAUAGCC